AUGGCCGACAAGGGUUUCGUGUUGUUGGCAUCGGGUGACACCCUCUUCCAGGUGCUGGAGCAGGGCUGGCAAAAGGUGAUCGGGCUCAAGUUCUGGAGGAUGGCGCGGAGCGGCAUCAUUGGCGCCCUCAACAACGGCCUGGUGCACUACAGCUACUACAAGUGGAUCGACGGGCGGUUCCCGUACGACAAGUUCACGGAGAAGAGAUGGGGGCCGAAGGACGGGGCCAAGUCCAAGCUGGCGGUGGGGUUCACGAAGUGGGCGCUCGAGUGGCCGACGAUCGGUUUGUACAAGAUCGCGUCCAUGUACGUCUUGACCGCGGUGUUGAGUGGUAGCACGAAGGGGCUGUGGGAACGGGUGCAGGACAGCCUCUUCCUGACAUGGAUACGCUCUUUGCAGGUGUGGCCGAUCUACGACAUGAUCCUGUACGCCUACGUGCCGACGGCCCACCGGCCGUUGUUCAACUCCUUCAUGUCCAUCGCGUGGGGGGGCUACCUAAGCCAUGUUAGCCAGCCGCACAAGGGGGACGGGGAAGAAGAGGACGUACCAGUCGAGUCGUCUUAAAGGGUACCUACCCUUAAGGGUACCCAACACGUAGAGGAUUGUGCGCAUGCAUACAAUGUAAGAAUUCGUUUCGAAAAUUGUACCCUCGAACCGGUGACUACUACAGACACCCUAUGCCUGUAGGCGCUUUCUUCUGGAUGGCACGUCACCUCGCAGACACCAGUGGGUCCAGGCAGCAAAAGUGUGUCGUUGACUGGCAUUGGUUGCGCAAAUCGAGGAGGCAGCAGCUAUCUGUAGACGGGAGAGAAAACGGUUCAAUUCAUGUUAGAAACGGAGAUGGCCGCGUCUUUUUUUAUUGUUGGUUUAAUUCCGUUAGAUCUCCGCGCAUGCUGGGUACCGGUGACGAUGUGUGGUGUACGCCAACCUUCGCUUUGAGGAGAAGAGGAGCGUGUGAUCGCUCGCGACAUACCCGCUUUUGCGGAUGUCCAUGUCCAUGGUCCGGUGUUGGCUUGUAAGACCAAACACAAGAGAAGUAGGUCGGAUCGAUAUAUCAGCGGGAUGGGGCCGUAGAGGUUACUACGAGCCCUGCACACACCCAGCUUCUUUGUCACGGAGCCCCCGCCCUCCAUCGCCACGUAUGUGUCGUCUGUCGGCCUUUUGGGGAGGGGGGAGGGAGGAGAGGGGAGGGGAGAAGAGAGGGAGCAUGAUCGAAAAAAAACUGCGCAUUGUUCCGUCGUCGUGGAGUGUUCCGCGAGGUAGGGAGAGAUUCCAUCGUACUAGAUGGAUUAAGAGGUAGGGAGAGGUUCGAAAUGGAUUAAGCCGUGGUGUGAAACGUUUUUUAUCCUACUGCUGUGUUGUUCUCCGUGCCUGGCAUGAUGGUGUCAUGGAGGUGGCGCCCCAUGGUGCGGACGUCGGGGCGUUGUUAGUUCGCACAGAACGAUUCCGCUGGUGUUUGUGGUUCUUGCCCCGUCUCGUAGAGUUGCAAGAGUUGCAAUAGCGAGUGACUUUCGGAGAUUGGCGGCGCAUAUGUUGAACGUGUGUGCCAUGGCAACCCAGAGCAAGCAGUACACGAGGGAUCAUAGCUAGUCUUGUAGCGCUUGGUGUAUACGAAGGUCGAGCGGUCUUUUUGGUGCGCUUGCUUGCAUUCGGUCUCUUGUUUCUUUUGUGGAAAAUGGAUGGUAUAUGUUGUUCGUGUUUGACUGUUUGUUUUCAUAGAGAGGGCGUCUUGCGCGAUUACUUGACUAUAAUAGUUUAUUGUGCAGGAGUGAGUGUGCACGCCGCACGAUGAAGACUCGCCGAUUGUUUUUGCGCUGAACGAAGUACUUACAAGAAGCAUGACGUUCAUAUGUAGACAACCAAGCAAGUCUGCAAGCCAACGGACUUCCAUGGCUAUGCACCACAUGCACAGACCGACCCCCUGCCUUCAUGCUGAAGGCGGAUCGCGCUCGAUGGGUGUCUGCCCAAAAGGUUCAGAGAGGUAGAGAGAGGUGGACCGCAUUGAUUUUCAUUUCAUCUCUUUCACAAUCAUUGCUGUCUUUUGGCUUGCAGAGAAGAGCUUCGUGCCGUCGUCACAACAACGCUGUUGGAGGCAGAGACAGGAAGAAGGGGUUGCAGCACCCACCUCGCUUGGGCCGGGAGAGAUAGACGCCAUGCGGCCCUCGAUUUGCUAACGCCGACGGCAACGUACGCAUCCUCGUUC